ACCACUUAAGAGUUAAAUUGAACAUGCUGAUAAACAGAACAAUUCCCGAAUACCAUCUCCAGUCUCCCACUUUUUUUUUGUUUUUGAAUGAGUAAUACAUAAUGAGUUUAAUUUCCCCCAGCCAUGAUCCGAUGUAGGUGCUCAGUAGUUUGGGUUCACGGUUAUAAUUUAUAGUUACCCAACUCCUGGACACUCUGAGUCACACUGCCACCACACUUCUGCAACAAUCAGCAGCUCCUCAGCCUUCAUUUCCUUUUCUUCACUGUACAGCCCUGCCUUGGCAAGGCACAACCACUUAAACUAUAAACCACCAUCGACUGUAACAGAAGUGGCCUCUGCUUCCAAAAGGUGAUCUUCUUUACAACCAGCAAAUGCAACUCAGCACAGCCUAAUUAACAUCAAGGCUUGUGGAAUGGAAGGGAAGGUCAAUAAAAAGGAAACUGACUGCGAAGGAAAAUGCAACAUUACAGAAGGCUUGCAAAGAGGCAAGAACUGCAAAGCGGCUGUGAUCACCAUUAAUGUUGGUGGGCACCUCUAUACAACACAGAGACGUACUUUAACCAAGUAUGCUGAUUCCUUACCAGAAGCUUUGGUCAAUGGCAAAAUUCAGAGUACUGUUGAUGCUGACGGGAAUUGCUUCAUAGAUCGUGAUGGCUCACUAUUCAGGCAUGUCCUUAACUUCCUACGAAAUGGUGAGCUUCUCUUACCAGAAGGAUUUCAAGAGAUCCAACUUUUGGCACGGGAAGCAGAAUUCUACCAAAUAAAACCUCUGACAGAUGCUCUGAAAACCAAGUCUUUGACUGUGCGGGAGGGUUCAGAAGCCAUAUUCCUGGAAAUCAUCGACAGCCAUGACCGCUCUCACGGCCUCAGAAUCUACUGCAAUUCUUCAGAUUUCAUAACAAGGAUCAAAUCACGCAUUAUUCAAGUGUCAAAAAGCCGUCUAGAUGGGUUUCCUGAGGAAUUUGUGGUGUCAUCACAUGCCAUCCAGUUUAAGUACUUCAUUAAGUCAGAAAGUGGUGCACGGCUUGUUCUGAAGGAAGACAACACCUUUAUAUGCACGCUGGAGACCCUAAAGUUUGAGACUGUCAUGAUGGCUUUAAAGAGUGACUUCAAGUUACUGACCAACUUGGAUAGCUCCAAGGGGUCAAUUGUUCAGAGUGAUGCACUUCAUUUUCUUAAGUAAAUCCUGCUUCACAAGUAAUGCAGAAUGUGCUGCAUAUCUUAAUAAUAAACACUUAAGGUACAAAGGACUCUUUUGCAAAUUACCGUAUCACUAUAAUGAAACGGUAAAAUAGGCUGCUUAGUAGAUUCAUGUAAUUAUGUAACUUGUUAUAUGCAUCACUAAAUUGUAAAACGGAAUUUAAAUCACCUGAUUAUAUUUUAAUCUCUUCAAUUUGCCUACAAGCAUCUUGUUCAUCACAUCACAUCAUGUAAUUUACCUGCUUUGCUGAUUAGGAAUCUACAAUGAAUAAGUUAUUUUGAUCCUCGUGUAUUACUGUAAUAUUCUGUACAGGAAGAAUAAAACAAUUUAAAAACUGUUUCAUGGUCUCAAUCUUUGAAAUAUGUAAUGUCCACAACAUAGGUUUCUUUCCUUCUCUAGCAUUAAAUUCUUAGGCAAAACAUUCUAUUCUUACAAGGCAUUUUUGAUACGUGAUGCAAAUUAGUACCAUACUAAUUUAAGUCUCAAAACUAUUAGAGCUCUAUCCUACAGGGUUCUGAGUAACAAUGUUCAGUAAAGUACCUGAAAUGUACAAGACUUUCAUUAGUUGCAGGCUAUAGACUGGGACAGUGAAAUUAGUUCUGGAUUGCUCCAGCACAGCAUCAGUAAGCUGACUAGGUCACAAUAGACUGAUCUGCCUCUGUGCGUGUUGUAAAUCUUAACAGAAUAAAAUCCACUCUGAAUUUUAAAAAAAACAAGCAACUUUAAAUUUGUGCACCAGAAUGCCAUUUAAUUACCAUGAUCCACUCAUCAUUCAUGCAUUCAAAUCCCUUAUAUCAGCAUGAAUUUCCUAAUUUCAGGAGCUAUUAAUUGAUCAUGAAAUCAUUUCAGUAUGUGCAAGCUCAUCUUCAAAUGGCUUGUUUCAGCUGGACUAUCUACAUUUAUAUGGUGCACUUGUGAAUUCAAACGAAAACCAAACCAUCUUUCGUUACUCUUGAAUGAUUUCUAAAUUUAAAAAAAAUGCAUAUUGGUAACAUUUUAGAUAUGAUGCCACAGAAUGAUAAGGAGCAUCAAUCAUCUUCUGAUAUCAAUGCUGAAUCCCACAUCUCAGUCAUGUCACUGUGGGAAGCACCUAGCACAGGUCAGAUCACUCAUCAUAUGGAAGAAAAACAUUUUGGAAGAGUCAGAAGAAGCCACCUCAAUGUAUUUGCCAACAGUUUCUUACAGAACAGCAUUGGUGACAAGUCAGCAAGCAGCGAGUCUUCCAUCUGCCCCCUUACUGGGGAGAAGAUGGAGGAGAGAGAAUAGCUUAGAUAUAAACAAUACUAAAGACAGAAAAAUGCUAGUACCUUACUAACCAAAAAGUAUGUUUUGUCCUUUUGGCCCUGGUAAUGAGAUUUUCUGAUAAGAAAUAUGAUAAGUUAGAACCUACAGUUUUGAAUUAUAUAUUCAUAAUUGCAAAUAUAAGACUAUAUUGUUAAAUGCAAUUAAAAUAAGUAUUUAAGCAGUUACAUUAAACAUGGCAUGUAUUUAACUAAUAUAAAGCAAUAAAGAUUUUAAAACCAUGUA